GGAGACAAGUUCCUUAUGUGUUCAACAUACUUGGCCAAUAUAUUUGACUAUCAAUAUUUUACUCUGAAUCCACUCACAAAGUUCAAUGGAGUAGACCUCGCGCAUGCGCACUGUUCGGGUGGCUCCCACGUGCGUACAGAGGUCAGUCCAUCAGUCUUCUUAGUGUUGCGACCUCAACCAAACAGCCCACCUUUAGUCCAUUUAAGAGGAGCACAGGUAUCCCCAAGACUCCAGGUUGAGAGCAGCAACUCGACUCGAAGAGUUAACUUCGUUAUUCUCAUGGCUGUAGUGCGGUUCUACAGUACUGAAGCUGUGAGUGGGCGGGCCAUACAGAGGGCAGCCAAGCUCUACCCCCAGCUGUCAAUCACCACUGAGCUGUGCUACAAUGUGGAGCUGACGGACUGUGAUAGCCUCAGUGCAGAGCAGAAGGGGAUUCUCCUCUGGUUAUUUCGUCCUCCCCUGGAGGCAGAACUAUUGUCUGAGAAACCGAACCUCACGGAGGGUAGUGGGGAGAAACUGGUGGAGAUUGGACCCAGGUUAAACUUCUCCACCGCCUGGUCCACUAAUGCUGUGUCCAUCUGCAAGAGCACUGGCCUCACUCAUGUCACCCGGGUCGAGCUGUCUCGCAGGUUUCUAAUCAAGCCCCAAAGCGGAGGGAGCCUGAACGAGCUGAACAGAGAUGUAAAGAAGCUGAUUGAGUGUCUGUAUGACAGCAUGACAGAGUGUAUCUAUCAACAUCCUAUCACCUCCUUUACCGUGGAAACCAAACCACAGCCUGUGUUUGAGGUGGACAUCUUGGGGAAGGGUCGUGCAGCCUUGGAGAGAGCAAAUGAUGAUUUGGGUCUGGCCUUUGAUUCCUGGGAUCUGGACUACUACACAUCGAUGUUUCAGAGAAUUAAAAGGAACCCCACCAGUGUGGAGUGUUUUGAUUUGGCCCAGUCCAACAGUGAGCACAGUCGUCACUGGUUCUUUCGGGGGCGGAUGGUGAUCGAGGAGCAGGAGCAGAAGGAGACUCUUUUCAGUCUCAUAAUGGACACCCAGCUCCACAGCAACCAGAACAACGUCAUCAAGUUCAGCGACAACAGCAGCGGUAUCAAAGGGAUGGAGUUGGAGUGUCUUUACCCAACGGAUCCAUCCCAGGCCAGCCCAUAUGAGACACAACGUUCACUACGACAUGUCAUCUUCACUGCAGAGACGCACAACUUCCCAACUGGUGUAGCACCAUUCAGUGGUGCCACCACAGGGACAGGAGGUCGUAUCAGAGACAUCCAGAGUGCUGGACGGGGAGGUCACGUCAUCGCUGGCACUGCGGGAUACUGCUUUGGCAACCUGCACAUACCAGGUUAUGUUCUACCAUGGGAGUCUGAAGGAGAAGGGUGGGAAUAUCCUUUGAGCUUCGCCCUUCCACUGCAGGUGGCCAUCGAGGCCAGUGAUGGAGCAUCAGACUAUGGCAACAAGUUUGGAGAGCCUGUUCUCUCAGGUUUUGCUCGUUCAUUUGGCAUGCGGCUGACUAAUGGCGAGCGGCGAGAGUGGAUCAAGCCAAUCAUGUUCAGUGGAGGUCUUGGUUCUAUUGAAGAUGCACAUGUGAAGAAGAAAGAGGCAAACACUGGAAUGGAAGUGGUGAAGAUUGGAGGGCCAGUGUAUAGGAUUGGUGUAGGUGGAGGAGCAGCCUCUUCUGUACAAGUUCAAGGGGACAACUCCAGUGACAGGGAUCUGGGUGCAGUGCAGAGGGGAGAUGCUGAGAUGGAGCAAAAGAUGAAUCGCGCUCUCAGGGCGUGUCUGGAAAGAAGCACUGGGAAUCCAAUCUGCAGCAUACAUGAUCAGGGAGCUGGAGGAAAUGGUAAUGUACUCAAGGAGCUCAGUGAGCCAGCAGGAGCCAUAAUUUACUGCAGUAGAUUCACGAAAGGUGACCCCACACUGAGUGUACUGGAGCUCUGGGGAGCAGAGUAUCAGGAGAGCAAUGCCCUGCUGCUCCACCCAUCAGACAGAUCUUUCCUGGAGAGGGUGUGUCAGAGGGAGAAAUGUCCCAUUGACUUUGUGGGAACCAUCACUGGAGAUGGCAAGAUUGUGCUGGUGGAUGAUGAGGACAGUGGAAAGCAGUCAGACACAGAGCGUUGCCCUGUCGACCUGCACCUGGAAUGGGUUCUGGGGAAGAUGCCACAGAAGGAGUUUAAAAUGGAGCGUCUGACCUCGACUCACCAGCCACUGGUUCUUCCUGCGGGCCUGACAGUGAGGGAUGCUCUGGAAAGAGUUCUACGUUUGCCAGCUGUGGCGUCCAAACGCUACCUGACCAACAAGGUGGACCGGUCUGUCACUGGGUUGGUUGCCCAGCAACAGUGCGUCGGCCCUCUUCAUACCCCAUUGGCUGACGUGGCUGUUGUUGCUCUGUCACCCUUCAGCCUAGAGGGAGCAGCGACAGCCAUCGGGGAGCAGCCAAUUAAAGGCCUAGUCUGUCCUGCGGCGGGAGCUCGUAUGGCUGUGGGAGAAGCUCUGACCAAUUUGGUGUUUGCCAGAGUCACAGCGUUCCAGGAUGUGAAGUGCAGUGGUAACUGGAUGUGGGCUGCCAAGCUGCCUGGUGAGGGAGCAUGUCUGUGGGAGGCCUGCAGUGCCAUGUGUGAGGUCAUGGGUCAGCUGGGAGUGGCCAUUGACGGGGGCAAGGACUCUCUGAGUAUGGCCGCUAGAGUGGGGAAGGAGACGGUCAAGGCUCCAGGUACUCUGGUUAUCUCAGCAUAUGCUGUGUGUCCUGACAUCACGGCCACUGUGACACCUGAUCUCGAGGAUCCGGAUGCCGAAGGCAUAUUAUUGUGGGUUCCUCUCAGCCCAGGCCGUCAUCGUCUGGGAGGCUCUGCCCUGGCUCAGUGCUACAGCCAGCUGGGAAACUGCUCUCCUGACCUGGACCAGCCAGAACUAUUGACCACCUGCUUCAACACCACACAGACACUCAUACAGGAUCGUCUGCUGAGCGCAGGACAUGACAUCAGUGAUGGAGGCCUCAUUUCCUGUUUGCUGGAGAUGGCAUUUGCAGGAAACCGUGGGAUUGAUGUCGAGUUGUCAUCACAAGGAACUGCAGUCAUGGAGCUGUUGUUCAGCGAGGAGCUCGGGUUGGUUCUAGAGACUUCACAGUCUCAUGUAGAAACAGUGUGUCGGCGAUACAGCGAUGUCGGUGUACAGUGUCAUCGCAUUGGCAGAACCUGCGGCUUCGGACCAGAAGCUAUGGUCACUGUCUUCGUGGAUGGACAGCAAGUACUGAGAGAGCCACUGCCUGACCUCAGAGCAUUAUGGGAGGACACCAGUUUCCAGCUGGAGCGACUCCAGGCCAAUGAGGUCUGUGUUAAACAGGAACAGGAGGGGCUAGCCAAGAGGACACAGCCCUACUUCAGACUUACCUUUGACCUGUCUGUGACACACAGCAUCAGUCAGCUCACUGCAGGGAGACCUCGUGUGGCUGUGGUCAGAGAAGAAGGCAGUAAUGGAGACCGGGAGAUGUCCGUCUCUCUCUAUAUGGCAGACUUUGAGGUAUGGGAUGUCACUAUGCAAGACCUGUGCUCUGGCUCCAUAACCCUUGAGCGUUUCAAGGCAGUUGUAUUUGUUGGUGGAUUCAGCUAUGCAGAUGUCCUGGGAUCAGCUAAAGGCUGGGCUGCUACUGUUGUGUAUAACCCGAAGGCCAAGGCUGAGUUUGAUCGCUUUUGGCAGCGAAGCGACACACUGAGUCUGGGUGUGUGUAAUGGCUGUCAGCUGCUUGCCCUGCUGGGCUGGGUGGGGGAGAGUGAGGAUGGAGCAGAGUCUGAAGUGGUGUUGACCCAUAAUAAGUCUGGCAGGUUUGAGUCUCGAUUCGUCAGUGUUGGGAUCCAGGAGUCCCCAUCCAUCUGGCUCAAAGGGAUGAAAGGCUCAGCUCUAGGAGUCUGGGUUGCACAUGGAGAAGGUCUAAUGCAAUUCCGUAGCUCCCAGGCCAAAGACCAAAUUCUUUCUGAUGGGCUCGCUCCCUUGCGUUACCUUGAUGACCUGGGUCAUCCUACCGAAGAGUACCCUCUGAACCCUAAUGGCUCCCCACACGGUAUUGCAGGGCUAUGCUCCAGGGAUGGCAGACACCUAGCCAUGAUGCCCCACCCAGAGCGCUGCACCCUGGCCUGGCAGUGGCCCUGGGCCCCGAGGGACUUCAGACCUUCUCUCACACCUUCACCCUGGCUACACAUGUUCAGGAAUGCUGCUGCCUGGUGCAACAACACACAGUGAUAAGACUCAAUGUUGGCUGAUCUCAAAAUAGAAUUGUCCUUGUUUAGUUUUGCCAAUGGAUGUUUAAGCCCUGUUUACAUUACCCAAUAGUGUAUUUCACCUUUUUUCUUUCCUUGGUACUUGGCCCUUUUGCACCAUUACCAAUCCCUGCUGUAACACUUCAUAACUUUGGGACUGUUGAGGACUCAUGUUGACUGUGCAUUGUAUGGGUUUUAUUUUGACGACCGCUCUAUAUUUCACAAAACUGUUAUGUAUCAAUCAGGUCAGCUGACUGUUGCUCUGCUGAAACAUUUAGAAACUGAAGUUUCUAAGAAAUGACUUAACAGGAAUAUGUGAUACACGUGAUAAAGAAAAGCCACAUAAGACAAUAAAUAUUUAUUUUACACAAAACCACACUAUAGCGGCUAUUUACAGGAAUGUCAGUAUUACAGUUCUGACAACUUGAAUUGAGCUUGACAGUUGCUUCCCAGUUAGGAGUAAAGCCACCCCUCCCUCAGUUUUUAUGGUGUAAGAUGGCUUAAAAAGUUGAAUUAAAAUACAAAUGAUGAACCCACAAUUUAAAUUGACAGA